GUAUGAGUUCUUCAAAGCUUUCCUCAUGUGAUCUGCCAAACUCCAGAGGAAACAGAGAAGGUCACCGCUCUCAUAGUCGAAGCAAUUUGGAAAGUGCAUCGAAAAAUAUGGGACACCACAUUAGUAUUGAAGAAUUGUUUUAUUCGUUCGUAAAGCAAGACGGUGUUCAGUCAACAAGCCGUGGAUAUGGUGGCAGAUCUCACCACGGAUCCGUGUCUUUUAACGGGAAUCCUUCCAUGAACGGCGACCAGUUGAAUCACUCGAUUAAUCAAUCGAUGAAUGCAGCUCGAGCUAACAGAAACGUCUUCAACUCAUCGAGCAUUCCUCCAACGGCCCCCGUGUUCUCUGCAGACUUCCGUCAAAACUCGCAGACACGCAAUAACUCCAGCUGGAAUCAACGGAACUUGUCAGUUUCCACUUAUCAGUACAACACUCAGCAGUCAAAUACAGGGCACAGUAGAAGCCGUCCGAAUGGACAACUUGGCCGAAGCUUCUCGGAUGGAUCGAACAAUCAUGGCCAUGCUGGGAAUGUGUCAUUCAGUGGGAGUUCCGUUCCAGCUGGGUUCCAGAAACAAGAAACCAAGGCUUACCAACAACUUCAUGGAAAUAAAAGCUUCAACGCUCAAGCUGGAGUUCAAGCUCCUGGAGAUCACAAGGACAAGAGAUAUGGAGGCAUGUUUGGAAAUGAGCUUAUCAAUUCGAUCAAUUCUAGUUUUGGCCAACAGCAUGAUGUCUUCAAGCCGCGGAAUUUGAACCAGAGCUUUUCCGGAUUUACUAUUAAUGAAGCUUUAACAAGGAAGCAUCAUCAAGAAGGAUCAAGAAACGAUAGAAGAAGAUCACAUGGGAGCACUAAUGUCCAGGAUCGUGCUUUCUACAACACAGAUGACAAUGAACUGUCUGACGACGUGUUCAUAGAAGAUUCCAAUGGUGUUGCAAACGGUCCAAAAUCUGUCACUAACAAAUCUCAACAACAGUCUCGCGGAACGAAGGAUGCUGGCAGUCAAGUGGCGGAGAAACUGAACUCUUCCAGAGGAGCUGCUCAACGUAAUCUGAAAUCCAAUGUGUUCAGCAAGGACGGCACCGAACUUUCUGUGGAACAGUUACUGGAAAUUGUCAGCAUGAAGAUCGGACAACACUUGCACUCAGCUUCCAGUUCUCACGGAGAAUGCAGCAAUUUGAAUCGGACAUUACCAGCUAGAAGUGAUCUAAAUUGCUCAAUUGGUGAAGACUUCGACUCCAGUUUUCUGGAUGUAAACAAUCGAACCCUGCCAGAAAAUCUUUCGAAGAAAACUUCAGUGCAGAAACAUCGUCGUGGAAGUUCUCGUAGUGCGUCCCGUCUCGCCAGUCUUGACGUGACGCUGGAGACUGUAGAAGAAGAUGUCGAACCCACACCAAGUCCACAUCCGAGUUCUCCUCCAAAGAUCUCAAGAAGAAAGUGGACAGGAACUUUUGAUGCCAACGUUGAGGAAAUGAGACGUUUACUUCAUGGGGACCCUGGGAAGCCGAAAUCUACAAAACGUGCUUUCUCAAGCAAGGAUCAGAGAACACCUUCCUUGUCAAUCAUCACAAGCCCGAAGGCUUUGAUCGGAGAAAAAUGUCUGACAGCAUCCAACAAGUCUUCAAAGAUUGACAAGUCACUUGGCAUGAUUGAUUCGAAACUCACAAAGUCACCAAUGUACUCCGCCACGGUUUCUGGGAAGGAAGCAACUUCAGGAAACCGAAUCGCUCGAAAGUUGACUCCAGGGCUUGAUGGACUGAAAAGCUCUCAUUGUACCGGAAAUCCAGUUUCCAUAGAUUGUAAUGGUUGCCCAACUCCGAAAAGAAGUGGAAUCAAUUGUGAUAAUCGUAUGGCUGAAGUGAACAACCAAGCCGGGAGAUGGUCCUCUGAAGCCACCAGUCAGCCUGCCCCACUCCCUUGCAAGUCAGCCAACCCGACCGAAGAUUCUUCUCAAGAUGCACCUCCAACUUCACCACCACCUCGUAUUUCUGAUAGCUUGACGGCAUUCCUGGAAGCUCAACAAGACUUCAAUGAUUAUAUUGAUGCUCACUACAAAGAGAAGACACAACUCUUGAAAGUGAAUUUGAAUAUUCACGGGAUGUCACCUGAAAGAUGGCUGUACUUGAAUUAUUUUUGCACCGAGACAAUUCCAAGAUUGGAUGGUCCUUAUGCCGAUGAUCCAAGGGUUCCACCUGUGCGAAAUAUAUUCAGAAGAUGGUUUCUCCGGUUUGCUGAAGCCUGCUUAGGAAAUCCAAAUGACCUUGCAGUUCAGAAAGAUAUUGCUCUCGAGUUCGUUCAGGCUCGGCUUGACGAUACGAGCAGCUCCACAGAUUCCACCAAUAUGCUCUACAUGUUGUGGAAGGAGUGUAUCGGACAGAAGAAUAUCAUCUCAAUUGCUGAUGCGUGUCUCCUUGUAUAUCUUCGGAAAUCGGAUCCUGUCAGAUACUUGAAUGCAAAACGAGAAUGGCUGGAAUCUAUUUUUGACCCACCCAGAGAUCAAUGAUUGUACUGAUAUAUAUCUAUUUCAUGUCGAGUAUUUUGUAUUUUAUUCUUGUUCAUUGACCUUUUAACCACUCUUUUUAUACUCCAACUUGCUCCUUCUUGUGAAUUUAUUUAUGGUCUGCCCAGGAACUUGUAACGGGUAGUUUUCUAUUGUUAUCAGGACUGCUGCUCAUUCAAAAUUCAAAGUUGAAUUUCAAUAAAGCGAAUGUUUG